CUUCAUUCCCAAGUUUCUUUCUCCUUAUGACAACACAAUAACAAAAAAAAAUGUAUUUAAAUAUAACUAUUUUGUCAAAGCUCGAUUGAGAAAAAAAAAAUGGAGUAUUCAUCCACAGGCAGUUCUCGUUGGGCUUUGCCAAUUAUCUUAGUUUGCUUUUUAGUAGUUUUACUAUCCAAUAAUGUUGUGUUUGCUUCCCACAAAGUUUUUAUUCACUUGCAAUCUGAGAGUGCUGUAAAUGUACAAACUGUUGGUAGAACUGGUUACCAUUUUCAACCCGAAAAACAUUGGAUCAAUGACCCCAAUGCACCAAUGUAUUUCAAUGGGGUCUAUCAUCUAUUCUACCAAUACAACCCAAACGGGUCAGUAUGGGGCAACAUUGUUUGGGCCCAUUCAGUGUCAAAGGACUUAAUCAAUUGGAUCAAUUUAGAACCCGCAAUUUACCCAUCCAAACCAUUUGACCAAUUCGGUACAUGGUCCGGGUCAGCAACUAUUCUACCCGGUAACAAGCCCAUUAUCUUGUACACUGGAAUAAUAGAUGCGAACAAAACCCAAGUCCAAUGCUAUGCUGUUCCAGCCAACAUUUCUGACCCAUAUCUCCGUGAAUGGAUCAAGCCCGAUAACAACCCGUUGAUCGUACCCGAUGUUAGCAUUAACAAGACCCAAUUCCGUGACCCAACAACAGCUUGGAUGGGCCAAGAUGGACAUUGGAGAAUUAUAAUAGGUGGUGGAAGAAAAAAGAGAGGGCUAGCCAUAAUGUAUAGAAGUAAGGACUUUAUGAAAUGGGUCAAGGCCAAACACCCACUUCACUCUACAAAUGGUACUGGAAAUUGGGAAUGCCCUGAUUUUUACCCUGUUUCAUUGCAAGGCACUAAUGGACUAGAACAAUAUGGCGAACAACAUAAGUAUGUGCUAACAAAUAAUAUGGACGUCACCCGAUUCGCCUACUAUACUAUUGGUAAAUACGAUACUAAAAAAGAUAGGUUUAUUCCAGAUGCCGGUUCGGUCGAUAGUUGGAAGGGAUUGAGACUUGACUAUGGAAAUUUCUAUGCAACAAAGUCGUUCUAUGACCCAAGCAAGAACCGAAGGGUUAUUUGGGCUUGGGCUAACGAAUCGGAUAUUGUGCCCGAUGAUGAUAUCGCCAAAGGAUGGGCCGGAAUUCAGCUGAUCCCACGUAAAGUAUGGCUUGACCCAAGUGGAAAACAACUGGUUCAGUGGCCUGUUGAAGAAUUAGACACCCUGAGAGCCCAAAAGGUCCAAUUGACCAACAAGGUUCUAACCAAUGGGGAAAAGGUUCAAGUUACAGGAAUCACACCCGCACAGGCUGAUGUCGAGGUGACAUUCUCUUUCGCAAGUUUGGACAAGGCCGAGGCAUUUGAUCCUAGUUGGGUUGAUCUUUAUGCCCAAGAUGUUUGUGCCCUUAAGGGUUCAAAUGUUCAAGGUGGGCUUGGGCCGUUUGGGCUUGCAACAUUGGCUUCUCAAAAUUUGGAAGAAAACACACCUGUUUUCUUUAGAGUUUUCAAAGCACAACAAAAUUACAAAGUUCUCAUGUGCUCUGAUGCUACAAGGUCAACUCUUAAGCACAAUGAAACAAUGUACAAACCUUCAUUUGCUGGAUAUGUGGAUGUAGAUUUAGCAGCAAACAAGAAGUUGUCUCUCAGGAGUUUGAUCGAUAAUUCAGUGGUGGAAAGUUUUGGUGCCGGUGGGAAGACAUGCAUAACAUCAAGAGUUUAUCCAACAUUGGCAAUUAAUGAAAAGGCACAUUUAUUUGCCUUCAAUAAUGGAACUGAGCCAAUCACAAUUGAGACUUUGGAUGCAUGGAGUAUGGGCAAAGCUAAGAUAAAUUAAACAAAGAAAUUGGGAGAAAGAAACUAUGGUAAAAAGGGAGAAAAUUUGAGAUUUUGAUGGACAUAAGAGUUUGUACCAAAACAUAUAGACUAAAAAUGAUGUUUCAACUCUAUUGUUGUCUGUCAAUUAGAUAUCCCUCGAGGAGCAAAAAAAAAAACUUGUAAAUAUUUAUCCUCUAUGUUCAAUUUAUGGGAAUAAUUCUAUGUUCUUGCUUUCAAA